CUGAGCUCUGUGUUUCUGCAGAGAAGGAGGAGAUGCCUCUGCCCGUGCAGGUUUUCAACUUUCAGGGGGCUGCAGAGCCCAUGCAGAUCGAUGCAGAUCCUCAGGAAGACCAACAGAAUGCUCCCGACAUCAACUAUGUGGUGGAAAAUCCCACGCUGGAUCUGGAGCAGUAUGCAUCCAGCUACAGCGGGCUAAUGAGAAUCGAGCGGCUGCAGUUUAUCGCUGACCACUGUCCCCAGCUCCGCGUCGAAGCCCUCAAAAUGGCGCUGUCCUUUGUCCAAAGAACCUUCAACGUUGACGUCUACGAGGAGAUCCACCGCAAACUCACCGAAGCCACCAGGGAGGUCCAGGGGGUGCCAGACGCAGUCCCGGAGAGCGGGGCGGAGCCGCCCGCCCUCGACACAGCCUGGGCAGAGUCCACCAGGAAAAAGGCCCUGCUGAAGCUGGAGAAGCUGGACACAGACCUGAAGAACUACAAGGGCAACUCCAUCAAAGAGAGCAUCAGGAGGGGUCACGAUGACCUAGGAGACCAUUACCUAGACUGUGGUGACCUCAGCAACGCCCUGAAGUGCUACUCACGAGCCAGAGACUACUGCACUAGCGCCAAGCACGUCAUCAACAUGUGUCUUAAUGUAAUCAAGGUUAGCGUUUACCUCCAGAACUGGUCCCAUGUGUUGAGCUACGUCAGUAAGGCAGAGUCCACUCCAGAGAUCGCAGAGCAAAGAGGAGAAAGAGACAGUCAAAACCAAGCAGUCCUCACCAAACUAAAAUGUGCUGCAGGUCUGGCAGAACUCGCCUCUCGAAAGUACAAACAGGCCGCUAAGUGCUUCCUGCUGGCCUCCUUCGACCACUGCGACUUCCCCGAGCUUCUCUCCCCGAGCAACGUCGCGGUGUACGGCGGAAUGUGUGCGCUAGCCACCUUCGACAGACAGGAGCUGCAGAGGAACGUCAUUUCCAGCAGCUCCUUUAAAUUAUUUUUAGAGUUGGAGCCUCAAGUGCGUGAUAUUAUCUUCAAGUUUUAUGAGUCCAAGUAUGCGUCCUGUCUGAAAAUGCUGGAUGAGAUGAAGGAUAACCUCCUCCUUGACAUGUAUCUGGCACCUCAUGUUCGAACACUGUACACACAAAUCAGGAACAGAGCUCUCAUUCAGUACUUCAGCCCGUACGUUUCGGCCGACAUGAACAAGAUGGCGGCCGCCUUCAACACCACAGUGGCGGCGCUGGAGGACGAGCUGACGCAGCUGAUCCUAGAGGGGCUGAUCAACGCGCGAAUCGACUCCCACAGCAAGAUCCUGUACGCCCGAGACGUCGACCAGAGAAGCACCACGUUUGAGAAGUCUUUGCAGAUGGGAAAAGAGUUCCAGCGACGAGCCAAAGCUAUGAUCCUGAGGGCCGCGGUGCUGCGCAACCAGAUCCAUGUCAAGUCCCCUCCAAGAGAAGGCAGUCAGGGGGAGCUCACGCCCGCCAACAGCCAAACGCGGAUAAGCACCAACAUGUGAGCGGGUUCCGGCGCGCGCCUCCAUGAGAAGACCAGAGCGUGGAUCUGUCUGCUCCUCCACACCAUCGGGCCCGUCAGAACCUGCUUCGAACCCCGCCCCCCUCGCCCCCCCGCCGAACAAAUCAAAUCACCAACUGAAGACUGUAUUUAAGAGAGAAGACGCCUGUUCCUUGUCCAGGACAAACAAACAAAACAAACAACAAAAAAGCAGCCUGUGUCUCAAAUGGAAAAGGAAAGUUUAAAAAAAAAAAAUGCAACGCAGCACUUCAGCUGUUCCGGCCGGCUGUCUGUAAAAGAUGCACUGCUCUCUGUAUCUUGUGACGAACCUUACAAAACAAAAACCACCCACACACACACACACACACACACCCCCUCACUCAAAAGUCCCGUAAGUCACUUCUGCAGGACGAAUUCUUUUGGUUUUAAAAUAAACACACAUACAAAAAAGUCUGGAAUCGACGGGAUAUUUUUUUUCUUUUGUUUAGUUUUUUUUUUUUUUCCAUCCAUCUCAAGGUUACGGUUUCAAUGGCAAAAUCAGAUGGCAGAGUUCUCAGUAUCCCCAUAUUCGAGCUGUUUGUAUAAGGGUAUAUU